UUUUUACCCCAAGCGACAUCACGUCUUGGGUUGUUUUUAAUGCAGACGGACGCAGCCCGCGUUUGUUGGCCGUCCUUCCUUCCAGGCUCAUUGGGGGAAACUCCGAGCAGGGAGUGUGUCUGUGUGGAGUGAAUAUAGGGAGGGCAGAGGGGGGUUCAUGUAUGAGCGUUUCGCUGGAUUAAUGUGGAGCAGAGUGCGGCAAGACAAAGAUACGCCGGAGAUAAACGGCGCGGCCUAGCGGACCCACCGUCAGCUGUCAGCGUCUGUCAAAAUCAGCUCGAGUCCAAAUGUACCUCCAGCUCAUCACUGCGCUCCUUUAAUCUGCCCUCCCUGGCAGCUAACAUUACAGGUCUAACGGACAGCUAAGAGACGGCAAGCAUGGAUGUGGUGUCACCGGAGCUCAACAGUCUCCUUCCUGAUGAAAUCAUGGAUACGGAGGCCAUAGAGGAGGUCCCUCACUCCCAGUCAGAGCCCAUGCAUGACACGCCUGUCCCCAUGGAAACAGACGCUCCCGUGACAUCGGAAAGUUUAAACAUCUGCUCCAACGCCGCUCCGGCGGAGCACGUCCAGGCCGUGACCACCGCUGCAGCUGCAGACUCCGCCCCCGGGAGUCAGUCUUCUGUCACGAUUUCAGCUUCGUCGACCUUGUUCACCAUCAAGCCCGCCUUGGCUACUUCCACGGCUGCGACCAAAACUACAGACAGCCUCACCGGAACGACGGUUUCCACGAGCGGCACGCAGAAGCUCGCGACUCCGUUCGCCUUUUCUGCCGCCAAUCACCAGAUCAUUCUGAGUAAGGUGGCCUCGGCUCAAGCCACGGAGGCGGCGAAAGCUGCGGCCGCCCCGGCCCAAGUCAUCAAACAAGAAGGGCAGAAACUUUUGGUCACGGCGAUAGGGAAGUCGGGGCAGUCGAUUGUGCUCCAGUUGCCCCAGACAGGCAGCAAACCCGGGGUUUUGCAGACUUCAGGGGACGCGAAGUCUCAGACGCCGCAGUUCAAAGUGGUGACUAUUGAUGGGAGAGAGCUGAAACCAGUGGUGGGGAGCGCUGGCAACCAGGUGACCACAUUACAGGCCCAUCAGCUGAAGACCAUGCAGAUCCCCAAGAAAACACCAGCAUCCUCAACUGCUCCAAUCAAGUUCAUUAUCACAAAGACGGUCAACAGCAAAGGCCUGAGUCCUCAGACGUCGGUGACUCCUGUUAUCGCAGGGCGCGUGGUCACACAAACGUCUCCGGUGAUGUCGCCGAAAACCAUCACGCUGUCCGAGCCCCACAACACUACGAUCCAGAGCGUUCCUGGCAAAAAGAUCGCCAUCUCGCCUCUGAAGACUCCCAGCAAGGUAACCGUGGUGUCAGUGGCUUCCCCGCCGUCCAACACCAGCCAGAAGUCAGUAGCUCUGCCCGUCAAUGUAGCACUUGGCCAGCAAAUUCUUGCAGUCCAGCAGUCGGCGCCUGCAUCUCCAGUCAAGGUGGCCACCAGCCAGACGACGGCGCAGAACAUUAAGCCUGUCCAGUCCGUCGCCGUGGGAGGAGUGGGCGGCUCCCAGUUCAAGACCAUCAUCCCUCUGGCCACCCAGCCGAACGUGCAGCAGAUUCAGGUGCCGGGCAGCAGGUUUCACUACGUCCGCCUCGUCUCGGCGACCACGGCCAGCGCGGCGGGCCAGCCCAGCGCUCCCAACACCAGCUCAGUGCCCACGGGUAAACCUUUAGUGGUGAACACCGGAGCGGUCAGGAUGUCGGUCCCAGUCGUCCAAGCACAGACAAUGAAACAAGUGGUGCCUAAGCCCUUGACAGCUGCACCACAAGUGGUCACCACCACUCAGACGCAGCAGCGACUCAUCAUGCCCGCCACCCCUCUGCCCCAGAUCCAGCCCAACUUCACCAACCUGCCCCCAGGGACCGUCCUCACAUCUGCCCCCGGUGGCAGCAAUGUGGGUUACGCCGUCGUUCCAGCACAAUACGUCACACAGCUCCAGCAGUCACAGUUUGUGACGCUCGCCAGCAGCUCUAGUUUUCCUGCGUCCAGCAGCAUCCAAACUCAGGCCAAACUCCCUUAUAAUGGCGUGUCGGCAGCAGAGACGACCUCGAGACCCAGAAAACCAUGCAACUGCACCAAGUCACAGUGCCUCAAGCUGUACUGCGACUGCUUUGCAAACGGAGAGUUUUGUAAUAACUGUAACUGCAACAACUGCUUCAACAAUCUGGAGCACGAAACGGAACGACUCAAAGCCAUCAAGACCUGCUUGGACAGAAACCCAGAGGCCUUCAAACCUAAAAUUGGCAAAGGCAAAGAGGGCGAGUCGGACCGCCGGCACAGCAAAGGCUGCAACUGCAAGCGGUCGGGCUGCCUGAAGAACUACUGCGAGUGCUAUGAGGCAAAGAUCAUGUGCUCGUCCAUUUGCAAAUGCAUCGGUUGCAAAAACUUUGAGGAGAGCCCGGAGAGGAAGACGCUCAUGCAUCUGGCGGACGCGGCAGAAGUGAGGGUCCAGCAGCAGACGGCGGCCAAGACCAAACUGUCCUCACAGAUCUCAGACCUGCUGAUGAGGACAACUCCCAUUAUAUCGAGUGGAGGCGGGAGGCUGCCGUACACGUUCGUGACGAAAGAAGUGCUGGAAGCGACGUGCGAGUGUUUACUAGAGCAGGCCAAACGGGCCGAACAGACUCGUCAGCCUCAGGCGGAGGCGGAGAGGGUGAUCCUGGAGGAGUUCGGACACUGCCUCAUGAGCAUAAUCAGCUCUGCCGGGAAAGCUAAGACAGACUGCGCCUCCAUCAACUGCUAGGCCGAACUCUUCUGGCUCUCUGUCCGCAAACUCUUGAACAAGGAAGAGCCGGACUCUCUGGCUGCUCUCCGGAAACGCUGAAAGCGGAGAGGUCCUCCAGACUGCCGGAGUUCAGCUGCAUUAAUAGGCUUGAGCUGGAAAACAAAAGGACAGAGCACACUGCCUCCGAAACAUGAACUUCAGCCCGAUUUAUUGCCCUCUAAGGGCUCUCCGGAUCUCUCCUCUCCUUUGUUUUUAUUUUUUACACUCUAUUCUUUUGCCAUCUUGACGUUUUCCAAGAACCCCUGUAUUUUAAUGUCAACAGUUUAUCUGUGUUUAUCAGUAGAUCUUUUUGAUAUUUAUUUUAACAAACCUUUGUAAUCAAGUGUGAGUGUUAAUAUGCAAGGUUUAGAGCUCUGCAGUCUGUCGAUUAUUAACCGAGGCUAGGCUAAGCUAUUCCAGCAGCAGAAAGUGGAGAUUUUCUACAGGUAUACAGAGAGAGGGAGACAGAGCCCUCCUGGUAGCAGCUGAACACACUCAGACUGAUAGAGUUCCACUUUUUCCCCAGGUGCUCUUAUAUGCUUUAUUAAAUGCAUACUGUACAUGAACUCACAGCUGACUUGAGAAAACUUUAGGUCCAUAUGACUGACGGUAAUGACAAAUUACCGGGAUUUACACCAGCUGUUUUCGUCCGACUUAAAAUUUUGUUUUAACCCUCCCGCGGUUGUAAAAGAGUAAAUCAACACCCUGCGCGCGAUCCGGCGGGGUGGCACCAGUACCGCGCGCGUGCGUGGCUUCGGGAACUGACUGUCUCUUUGCAUCAACUCGGAGACACGGGUAUGGCGUCAACUCUAAACGACAUACCGCUGGCUUUGCUCGUGUGCCAACGCUGGCUUUAAAAAGCUCGACGACCGCGGGAGGGUUAAAAGUAACAGGUUCUCACUGCUCAGAAACCCAGAAUUUAAACAGAACUUUGCAAAAUUAUACCCCAAAUAAAAGUAAACUCAGUCGGUUAAAGUCAUACUGGACGUGCACAUCCAAGAUAACUUUUGUUCUGGUUUUGGAAUAGCUUCCCAGGUUUACUGGCUGCAUUUGUUAAAGAAAAAAAAUAAAUAAACCCAUGCUACCUUCUGUUGCCCUCCCCACAAACAAUCUAUUUUAGGGACACACCGAUAUGAAAACUUUGGCCAAUACCAAUAUCGAUAUUAACCUUGCUGUUAUGGUUGAUUAACCAAUAUUUUCCGUUGACAUGGCUUCUCUACUUCAGCUCUGCAGCCCUCAAUCCUGCCCUGUAUCAUGAUUUUUAUUUCAAGUAAAAAGUAGUGAAAUACAAAAAGAACACAGGAGUAGGUAGAAGUAAAAUAAAAACUAAUUCCCGUUACUCUUCUUUUACAGUAUGUCAUGAUAAUUUCUAAGUAUUAUUUGCAUAUUUGAUACAGUUCAGAUUAUUAUAUCAACUUAACACUUCAUAACUCGGUCUGACAGAAAAAAGUUACUGAUUUCUUCAAUUUGUAUCAUCAGUACAACCCCUCCUCCAUUAGUAGUUCUCAAUUUUUUUGUAUUGCUUUGCAAAAUUUCUUGUUUGGGCUUUGCUUCAACUCGUCUCUCAUGCCAUCCCAUAUACACUCCACAAAUUGAUACACAUAAUCCUCCUUGUAGUACGAACAGUGUUGUGUUUUUGUUAAUUAAGUUGACCUCUGAAAUUGUACCUCCUCUUCUCCGUCACUAAACAUUUGUUGAAUGUUUCCAGGAAGUUAACCGAUUCUUGUUUUAAACGUAAGAACUGUUUUAUAUUUAACCACAUCCCAUAAUUUUUGUGUUUGCUUUCAAAAACAGCUUAAAUGCAGAUUGUGAGCUAUUCUGAUUGAAGUGUUACCCCAAACUUCCACACUAUAACUCGGGUACGAUAAUAUUAGAGAUGAAAACAAGAGGAGCCUUGUGAUUAAGUAUGUAACGAGUUUUGCCCAAAAUUGAAAUUGUCUUUGCUAGUUUUGAUACAACUUACUUCAUUUUGGAUUUCCAGCAGAGUUUAUGGGCCAGUAUCACAUGGAGACACACUUCAUUUCAAAUACUCUUCCCACUUCAAUAUUAUCAAUUUAUUAUUUUUACUGUUGUAUGUAAAGAAAUAUUGUGAUUUUAAAAUUACACAUGCAGAAGUCUCAUGUCGCCCUGGGUGGUUGCCCACGUCGCCCAUAUCGGAAACCGCCAAUGGGUAUAGUGUUGAAUUUUGUCUGUUUGAUUUAUUUGAAACACUUCAGUUCAUUACAACCAUUUUUAUUCUAUUUUACAAACACGUCCCCUAAACCAGAGGUUCAUAUGUGGUCACCAUUGUAUUUAGUUAACAGGGUUCAACACACUCUUCACCACCAGACUGGUACGUGUGUCAAAGUGAAAAGCAAGAAGCUAAAGUUUCCUGAAGAUUUAAUUUUCUAAUCUCACCACUUGAUGGCAGUGUUCUUCCAAUAGUGGUGCCUGCUGAACAACAGUACGACCAACUACGUCACCGUGCAGCUCAAAAUGAGCCUUUUUACAAUAAAUAAUCAUAACUCAUGAAAAUACUUUGCUACAAUGAAAAAGAAACGGAACAUGGGUAUAACGCGUCUCGGCACAUUCCAACCGCUAGGUGGCCGUAGCGGCAAAAAGCGAGUAAUUUAGAGUUGCAGUGGGUGGCGACACCUUUGGUUCGCUGCUAACCACCAUUAAUCCACAGCAGAAGAAGAGGAAGGCGGAAAACGAUGUUAAGGCCAACGUGCAGCUGCAGCGUUUGGAGGAGCUCAAAGGUUUUUCUUUCUAUCUGGAAUCUGUUAAUCGAGGGGAGCUGAUUUUUGUUCUUAGAGAGUUGCCCUGGUUUGCAGAAUGCAGAGUUGGAGAUGAGUCAGUCCUCAUCUGGAUGGCAUUGACACAACUACCCCUUACAAAGAUUGACCAGUUGUCUUGUGUUUUUCUUCUUAAUUUAGCAAAUAAAUUUUGAAGUAGA